AUGAGAUCUGCAACCCCAGAGACGCAGGCAAAGAGGACUUCCAGAAGGUCUAAAGUCGCCAAGCCUGUUGUUGAGAAGCGCAGACGGGAGAGGAUCAACCACAGUCUGGAGAAAUUACGACUUUUGCUGCUGGAAACAAGCGACGAUGAGAGGCUUAAAAAUCCCAAAGUUGAAAAGGCUGAGAUCCUGGAGAGCGUCGUGCACUUUUUACAAGGAGAAAUUCAGAUUAAGAAGACUGGUCAUUUUGGAAAGAAGUUUCAUUUUGAGGAGGAGGUGAGACAGCCGGACUACGAGGAUGGCGUGAGGACCUGUCUGCGCAGAGUUAGCGGCUUCAUCGCAGACAGCACUGACGAAGAGCGUCAUUUACAGUCUCUGCGUCAAAGCCCCAUCCCUGCGUACGCCUCUGCCCCCGGACACGGCUCAUGCCCUGGAUCUGCACUCUUCACCUUUGCACAUGUGUCCUCUCCAUCUCCACAGCUCCAGUCUCACUACAUGUUCCACACGCACGCGGUUCACAUGCACGAGGCUCGGCAUUGUGACUUAUCUUCACAGAAGCCCAACAGCGACACCGUGUGGAGGCCGUGGCCCCAGUGA